CAGUAAACAGCAUUAAGGUGCCGAGGUGGUGUUUCUGACUUUGCGCCCGCUUCGUGUAAUGCCGCGCGGUUAUGCGUGUGUUUUUGUUUCAGGCUCCAAAACUCAACUGCACAGUUCGUGAUAAGAGGCUCCUCUGGGCCGUAAGAAAGCUGUAGUCCUUUGCCUGUGACAUCUGGAUUUCCAGUGUCAUGUCUACUUACGGGCCACAGCUUCCAAAAGGUUUCAAAACGGAGUCCGUCGGUCGCGAAGAUGCCGGAGAAAGCAGCGAAUCAACCUCAGUCAUUGGACCUGUACUCCCUCCCGGUUUCAAGCUUUCUGGGCAGGACGUCCCGGCACCAUCCAAGGACGACAAAAGUGGCCAGGACUUGUACGGGCCAAGUCUGCCGCCGGGGUUUGCGGACACACCACCCAAACCAGCCGUCAUAGGACCCGUUUUACCGCCCGGUUUUUCAGCGGCUUCACAACAGGACGCUACUGCUGAUAGCGACAGUGACGAUUCGGACGAUGUCAUCGGGCCCAUGCCCUCCGAGGCUAUUGGCGAUGACUACACAGACGACACCGCUGCGCGGGACAUCGACCGCCGAGCGACGAAGAUGAAAAGGCGGCUCGAGGGAAAGGAUUCAGAACCUGAGCCCAGGCGAGAGGAGUGGAUGACAGAGUUGCCAGACAACAUGGGUCUUCGGAUUGGCCUGGGGGCCAGGACGUUUCGGAAGAACAUGGAGGACCCAACGGCUGACCGCUCUGCUUGGACAGACACACCUGCAGACAAAGUCAAGAAGGCAGAGAAGAAACCCAAGAAGGGUGAUGACAUAGCCGAGACUUCACGUCAUCGGAAACGACACCACCAAGAAAAGGAGCUCGAAGAGCAGCUGAGACAGUACAAUAAGGAAAAGAGGGCAGAGUCACUACUUGAUAUGCACCGGAAAAAGAAGAAAGAGGAAAAAAAGAAUGAAGUGAAAGAACGGCGAGAGUUCAAUCGAGAUGAGGACCUGAAAAUCAGCCGGAUUGACCCAAGAGCCAGCAAGGCAUUGAUCAACAGUGCUGCUUUCCUGAACACAAAGUUUUCGUCUGGUGAAAGAAAGUUUCUGUAAACCCGUCCACACUCAUCUGUGCACCAUGCACU